AUGGCCACCUCCACCCUAUCCAUCUGCUCCAGUGACCUGAGCUAUGGCAGCCGGGUCUGCCUGCCUGGGUCCUGGGGCUCCUGCACCGGCCCCUCCUGGCAGGGGAACGACUGCCCCGAGAGCUGCUGCGAGCCCCCCUGCUGUGCCCCCAGCUGCUGCCAGUCCAGCUGCUGUGCCCCAGCCCCCUGCCUGAGCCUCGUCUGCACCCCCGUGAGCUGCGGGUGCAGCCCCUGCCAGUCAGCCUGCACCAGCUCGUGCACACCCUCCUGCUGCCAGCUGUCUAGCUGCCAGAGCUCCUGCUGUACCUCCUUCCCAUGCCAGGAGGCUUGCUGCGUGCCUAUCUGCUGGGUGCCCGUCUGCUCUGGGGCUGCCCCCUGCCCGGUGCUCCCGUGCUGCCAGCCCACCCCCUGCCCCCCAUCCCGCUGCAGAGCCUUCUCCUGCUUGUCCCUCACCUGCCGCCACCUCCCCUGCUGCGUGCCCACCUCCCCCUGCUGUGCCCCUGCCUCCCCCUGCCAGCCCAGCUGCUGCCUCCCAGCCUCCUGUGUGUCCCUGCUCUGCUGCCCCGCAUGUGCCCGCCCCGCGUGCUGCUAA